AUAAUACCGCCCAUUUCACCACUUUGAAAAAUUUGCCAAUUUGGUCGAUCUCUCACAGAGCUCCCUCCUAUUCAACUUCUAUUUCAAUUCCAUUGAAACCCCCAUCUUGUGCUUUCAAGAAAACGCUCCAAAGCCCUAACAUUUUUCUUACGUUGAAGCAACAAAAUGCCGGAACCAAGAGAUAGGCUUUCAAGGCCAGUAGAUGUUGCCGCUGUGUUCGUUCGGUGGCGGUCCCGCGGUGUAGUCAACGAGUCGGACGCUGCGUCGGACUUGUUUGGAUCUCCGAUGCGGCAGCAGACCACUGCGACGACGCCAAUUGCUCGUAGAGUGACGGGUUUUGGGGCUACACGUGGUGGUGGGUUCGGAAGGGGCAUUUUUGGAACCCCAAGAACUGUAAAUCGGCGUGGCCGGAAUCGUCCUGGAUCUUCAUCAGCGGCUAGAGAGAAUACACCGGCGGGGACUGCCCGGCGGGGAAGGGGUCGUGUUACGAACAGUGUGUUACCUUCUUGGUACCCAAGGACCCCUCUCCGUGAUAUCACUGCGAUAGUGACGGCUAUUGAGAGGAGAAGAGCUCGCUUGAGAGGAGACGAAGGCCUACAAGUAGGGACUCCUAUAUACCAGGACCCAGGCGUUCUUGAUCCUCCGGUGUCUGUUUCUCCUGCUCCACUCGAGCAGGAUAUCCCUAUAGCAUCUCCAAGUACAGCUGUCAGAAAGAAGGGUUGCCCACCUUCUGUUGGUAAAGUGCCUAAAAUUCUGCUUGGAAUCACUAAUCAGACUACGGGAGAAUCGGAGUGUCUCACACCCCAGAAGAAACUUUUGAACAACAUUGACACAGUUGAGAAAGCAGUCAAGGAGGAAUUGCAGAAACUGAAGAGGACCCCUAGUGCUAAGAAGGCAGAGAGAGAAAAAAGAGUCCGCACUUUGAUGUCAAUGCGUUGAUUUCUUAUCACGUUUACAGGAACCAACAUUGAGGGAACAGAAUCGGUGCAGAUUAGAAGACGACAAUAAGACAGGAGCAUCUUCUAGCGAUACUUUUAUCAUCUUCUGGUGAUAUUUUCUUGGAGUUCUACAUAUAGCCAAUAUGUUCCAUUCUUGUCUUUGAAUCUAUUUCUACUUGAAAUCUUUGUAUAGGAUCAGCAAUACUUUUGCUUCUUGACAUCACGUCUGGUCUUUGUUUAAGACUGUGGGCAUACCUUUCUGCUGUUUCCAUCAUUCUUUGAUGGUCUGGUGUAGGACUAGUAGAUAUUUUUUACGAAUUGAUGUAUAUAGAGGCCAAGUUUGUAGUUCUUCUACAGUGCUUCAGGUCCUUUCACUUGUAACCUUCAAGGAAGAAUCAGCUUUAUCAAAUGGAUUUCAUUUUCACGAUA